AUGUUUCGUAACCAGUAUGAUAGCGAUGUAACAGUAUGGAGUCCCCAGGGCCGCUUGCAUCAAGUGGAAUAUGCUAUGGAAGCUGUAAAAUUAGGUUCAGCAGUAGUUGCAUUAAAGAACAAGACACAUGCUGCUAUUGUUGCACUCAAGCGUGCACCAAAUGAACUAUCGGCUUAUCAAAAAAAAAUUAUACUUGUAGAUGAUCAUCUUGGUUUUUCAUUCUCUGGUUUAUUGGCUGAUGCUCGCAUACUUAGCAAGUAUAUGCGAUCGGAAUGUUCUUCACAUAAGUUUGCCCAUGGAGAUGACCUUCCUGUUAAUAGAUUGAUGACCAAAGUUAGUAACAGAAUGCAAUUGUGCACACAGCGAUAUGAUAAACGCCCAUAUGGAGUUGGUCUACUUGUUGCUGGUUAUGAUGAUAAUGGUCCUCAUAUUUAUCAAACAUGUCCUUCUGCAAACUACACAAAUUGUAAAGCUAUGGCUAUUGGCUCAAGAUCACAAAGUGCUCGUACAUACCUAGAAAGAAAUUUAGAUGCAUUUAAGGAGGCAAGUUUGGAGGAAUUAUUGAAACAUGGUAUGAGAGCUUUGAGAGACACUCUGCCCAAUGAUGUCAAUCUAACUUCAAAGAAUGUUUCAAUUGCUGUUGUGGGCAAAAAUCAGCUAUUUGAGAUUUAUGAUGAGGAAACAACUCAAUCAAAAUUAUCAUUAAUUGAAGGUGAGGAAAGAAGAGCCCCUGUUCCAACAACCGAUUCAUCAAGUGGUGGAUCUCAGCCACCACAAGACGGACCUGGUGGUGCCCCUCCUAGCGAUUCUGUACCAGCAGUUGCAAUGGAAACAGAAUAA